AUGGGCUGCGUUUUAGGAACAGCAGCUGAUGAGGAUCGGCAGUCACUUCAAGUGCAGAGGGCUGCCGAAGAGGCACCAUCGCAUUCGCGGCGCAGCGAAGGCAAGAAAGAGGCUGCCCGAGAAAAGGAAGACUCGAAAAUGGAAGAGGGCGAAGUGAGUUCUUCGCCGCCCUCAAGUUCGCGCGUUGAGACCACAGUGUCUCACAGAAGAGUAAGUGCUGCUGUACCAUUUUUUACAUUUAAAUUUCAUAGAACCUAA